AUGGCUCAAGCAGAAAGUAUAUCUAUAGUGAAUAUCGAGGAUGAAAAUGAAAUACCACCUGAACAACUUAUUCAUUUUAUUGACCUGGUUAAUACUCCUAAACCGACUUUGGGCCCCUUUAUACGUCGGAUUCCUCUAAUUUCUCAAUCUUUGAAUUAUUUAAUUUACUUUAAACGUGUUAUAGUUUAUUUAGGUUUAACAUUAUUAUUUAAUAUUACUUUACCUAUCACAAAUCCAUUAGAAUUCAUUAUCACUUUUGUAGUCAUGCCAGUAUUUACGGUCUUUGUAUUUUUCUUUGAGGCUUUCCUCAAACUCAUGAUCUUUAUUCAUUCAUUAAAUCCUCCCAACAAAGAUCCAACAGUAAUUGAAUUGUGGUCGUCUUUCACUGAUCAUAAUAUAAAGGACAAUUUACUUGCUGGAAUUGCUUCUUUGGACGAUCCAGAUGCUCUUUCAGAUUACAACAAAUCUUCCAGUCUUAAUCUAAACAGGGUAGAAGCGUUGUUGUACACAACUGUUUUAACUCAAGAACGUGUUUCAACUCUUGUUGAAGAUGAACAAAGGGAUGUACUUAAGUUAAAGGAAAAUCCCGAGAAAGUUAAUAGUGAUGAUAUUAAAAGAAUUAUUAAUAAGCUUCGUGAAAGUGAGACACCAAUUCGAGAGCAGGCAAAAGAAUUUGAUCUAGAAUUUACUUCUAUUACUGAAUGUAACGUAAUUGGAGGACCUUACGCUGGUAUAUUUUGGUCAGAGAAGCAAAACUUUAUUAUAGUUUCUUUCAAGGGAACAGGUUCUCUAGACCUGGCAGAAUGGUUAACUGAUUUUAGUCUUCAAAGGAUUGAUGCAAGGCCAUUCCUUUUCGGAGAAGUUCAUUAUGGGUACUAUACAAAUCUUUUCACAGAUAAUACGUAUGCUUCGAUAAAAUCGAUAAAACAAUGUCCUGCUUUAAGAUUAGCUGAAGCAAUACGUAAUAAAGCAGAUGAAAUUUACAAACGAACGGCUCAACCAGUUAAAGUUUGGUUUUCAGGUUAUUCACUGGGCGGUGCUUUGACAAAAUUAUUUUAUGCACGAGUAUUACAUUCACCAACUAGUUUAGGUGAUCAUGUUGAUAUUCGUGAUGGGAUUAGCUUUGCUACACCACUUGUUGGUGAUAUUGAUUUUGCAGCAGAAUUUCAGACACUUAUGAACAAAGAAAUUAAUUUAAAUAAGAAUUUUUGGAGAUUUGUUAAUGACAGUGAUAUUGCUCCAAGAUAUCCUUUUGGUUUUCAUUCCCUAAAUUUAGGUCAUUUUCUUUCGAAGAUUAAUCUAUUUAAUUAUAUUAAUAUUGGAGAUGAAGUCCGAAUUUAUCAAGACGGUAGUAAACCGAAAUCAGAACGUCAUCUUUAUGGUCCUGAUACUGAUUAUUUGUUCGUUAAACAAGGACUUGGUCUUGCAGAUUGGCAAUCUUUUCUUGGUUUGGGUGAUCAAUUUGAUGGUUCAAAAUCAAUCAAGAAUCCUUUCGUUGUGAAUUAUAAAGUGACAUCAUUUAUUGAUUAUAUUGCACCAAGCUUUAUUAGAAAUCAUUAUUCAUACAGAUACUUUGAGAAUCUAGAAAAAGCUAGGAAGUAUUGGGAACCUGUUGCUUUAGGAAAGAAAAAUGUUGAUAUUGAUUUAAAAAAGAAAAAUGAACAAGCAACAAAUCAAAUAGUAUAA